UAUAGUAUGGUAAAAGUAAAAGGAAGCAAGGGGAGAGGAUGGGGUGAGGCGUGAAUGCAGGAUAAACAAAUGUCAUAAAAACCAGACCCUGUAAUCCCAAAAAUCCUUGCUAAAAAUAGAAAAACUCCAAACAAAAAAAAAAUUUAUGGAGAGAGGAUGGGUUGGGGGAAGAGAAGAGUGAAAGAUAGUCCACCAUUGAUCUCUUUAACACCAAACCCCACACCCAUUUCGUGAUUGCCGAGCGUCGUCCAUACCCGACCCUAUCUAUCUAUAUCUGCCUGCACACACUCAGACUGAGAGAAAGGGAGCCAACAACUACAGUCACAGAAAACCAAAAGCACUGUGUGUGUCUCUCUAAAACAACCAAAAAAAAAGAAAAAACCCUAAGCUAAUGAUGAUGGAUCAGCGACAGCGAGAGAAACUGCUUCGCAAAACCGAGGCCUGUGCCUUCGUGGCAGGUGUUGCUGCCGACCUUCGACUUGUCGCCGCCCCAGGAGACAUCCCCAACACCAACAACGUUAACAGCAUCACCAACACCACCAGCACCAGCAGCAACGUAUCUAAAUCUCACGGGUCGGGUCGGAUCCAUGACGCCAACCACCUUGGUCUCGUCGCUGCGGUUACCAACCUUGGAACUGUUCACAGGAAGAAGAGAUUGCCCAGGCAGCGAAGAUCCACCGUCACCACCACCCCCACCUUGUUUCUCCAGAUGCACCACUCCGACAACACUCUCCCCUCUAAGCAGCACGACCCUAAUUUUCCAUCUUCAACUCCUUCCGCCUCCUCCUCUCUCCAGUCCGUUAAACCCUCCACUCCUCUCCGGCUCGCCGCACGUGAAAUCGAUCAUAGAAACUUGAGGUUCCUUUUCAAAAAGGAGUUAAAGAACAGUGAUGUUAGCUCCCUAAGGAGAAUGGUAUUGCCGAAGAAAGCAGCAGAGACUUUUCUUCCACCGCUGGAUUCAAAAGAAGGAAUUUUGCUCAAAAUGGAUGACAAAGAUGGUACUCAUGCAUGGAGUUUCAAGUACAGGUUUUGGCCUAACAACAAUAGUAGGAUGUACGUACUUGAAAAUACCGGAGAUUUUGUCAGCACACACGGCCUUCGAUUUGGCGAUACCAUUAUGAUUUACCAACAUAUUGAAAACAAUAACUAUGUUAUUCAGGCUAAAAAAGCUUCUGAAGAAGAUGAAUUUGUGGAACAAAGUAGUGAGACUAUGAACGACAUGUUCCCGAGUGACUUGGAGGUGAACAAACCAGGUUGUUUCAACAUAAACUAUCCUGCAGUGAAUGAUGCUGGCAUGUCGUUCAUAUAUGAGACUACUUUCUCAAAUGACUCCCCACUUGACUUUUUGGGAGGAUCAAUGACGAACUUUUCAAGGAUUGGACCAGCUGAUGAAACCUUUGGUUCUGUUGAAAAUUUGUCCCUUGAUGACUUCUAUUAAA